GGUGGCCGCAGCGCAGAUUCGCGCAACUCUUCCAGAGUGUUUGGCGUUUUUUCGCAGGCGAGCAUCUUGACUUGUGAUCGAGAGAGACGCGGACUGCAGCAGCCUCCAGCCUGCUUUCACAUGGAGAUUUGUGUCUCGCACAUACUGCAAAUCUUGGAAACGUGGACGAGGGGGGGCCCUGCUGCAUUUCCCUGCGCCGUUCUCCUCCGAUUGAUUCAUUUGGGAAACAAACAGAACACAGACCCCAGAUGAACUAUGAAUGCCGAACACAAUGAUUUCCUCCCUCCAGCACCAGACAAUGAGAGGUCAUAGACUGAAGGGGGCAUUGUCAAACCCCCUUUUCGUGCUGCUUUUGGCCCUUCACAUCCUGGUGGUGGCUGGGCUGGUCCGCGCUCAGACCUGCCCAUCAGUCUGCUCAUGCAGCAACCAAUUCAGCAAAGUCAUAUGUACUCGCCGGGGUCUACGGGAUGUCCCAGAUGGCAUUUCCACCAACACUCGCUACCUGAACCUUCAGGAUAAUCUCAUUCAGGUCAUCAAAGUGGACAGCUUCAAACAUCUACGUCAUCUGGAAAUUCUACAGCUGAGUAAGAACCACAUUCGCAGCAUUGAAAUUGGCGCCUUUAACGGCCUUGCCAGUCUCAACACUUUGGAGUUGUUUGACAACCGACUAACGACAAUCCCUAAUGGAGCGUUUGAGUACUUGUCUAAACUGAAGGAAUUGUGGCUACGAAACAACCCCAUCGAAAGUAUACCAUCUUAUGCCUUCAAUCGAGUUCCAUCGCUUCGGAGGUUAGAUCUUGGUGAGCUCAAACGUUUGUCCUACAUUUCUGAGUUGGCUUUCAAAGACUUGAGUAACCUGCGCUACCUGAACCUGGGAAUGUGCAACCUUAAGGAAAUACCCAACAUCAUACCUUUAGUUAAACUGGAAGAGCUGGAAAUGUCCGGAAACCAACUCACUAUAGUGAAGCCCAGCUCGUUCACAGGGUUAGCAAAUCUCCAGAAGCUGUGGAUGAUGCACUCCCAGGUCCAGACCAUUGAGAGGAACUCCUUUGAUGACCUUCAAUCACUGGUGGAGCUCAACUUGGCUCACAACAACCUCACCUUUCUACCACAUGACCUCUUCACACCAUUGCACCACCUGGAGAGAGUCCAUCUCCAUCACAACCCUUGGAACUGCAACUGUGAUAUUCUGUGGCUCAGCUGGUGGCUCAAGGAAACUGUACCUGCCAAUACCAGCUGCUGUGCACGCUGCCACACUCCUUCGGUCUUUAAAGGUCGCUACAUCGGGGAGCUGGACCACAGCUACUUCCAGUGUGAUGUUCCUGUUAUUGUGGAGCCACCCAGCGACUUGAAUGUGACAGAAGGCAUGGGAGCCGAGCUAAAAUGCCGUACAAACUCCAUGACCUCCAUCAGCUGGCUCACACCAAAUGGCUCUAUGGUGACGCAUGGAGCAUAUAAAGUACGUUUGUCUGUACUCAAUGACGGGACGCUGAACUUCACUAGCGUCACAAUGCAGGACACUGGGACCUACACCUGCAUGGUUAGCAACACAGCGGGCAACAUUUCUGCUUCUGCUGUGCUUAAUGUCACUUCUGUGGAAAACAACGGGGUGACCUAUUUCACCACAGUCACCGUGGAGACCAUUGAAACCCCUGGGGAUGAUAGCCAAACACCACUCCCCCCAUUUGGCUGGGUGUCAUCCUCAACUACAAAGGGUCCGCCUGUUUCAACAAGGACCACAGAGUGGACUUACAUCAUUCCAGUUACUUCUACGGACGGAGAGGGUGCCCUGAAUGGCCUGGACGAGGUCAUGAAAACAACCAAGAUCAUCAUCGGCUGCUUUGUGGCCAUCACGCUGAUGGCUGCCGUUCUGUUGGUUAUUUUCUACAAGAUGAGGAAGCAGCAUAACCAGCAGGACCCGGAUGGUCCCGCCUCCUCCAUGGAGGUCAUUACUGUGGAAGAAGAGCUUGCAGGUGUUGCUGCCAUGGAGAGACACCUAUCGCUGCCCCCUUUGGAGCACUACAACCACUACAACACAUACAAGAGCACUUAUCACCACCCUCCUAUGCUCAGUACCAUACACAGCUCAGCCACACAGGAACCGUUAUUGAUUCAAGCCUGCUCUAAAGACAAUGUGCAAGAGACCCAAAUCUGAUUUCAGUUUGACUGCAUAUCCUGUAUCACCAGUUUAUAACGUGGAACAAAAUGGACCAAAAACAUGAGGAUGAAUAUAAUUAAAUGCCGUUGACUCAACAUUUUAUGUUAAUAGCGGCACUUAAUCAGCAUUUAGCAAAAGGAUGACACAUGAUACUUUGAACAAGUAUCUUCACCAACACAAAGAUUAUUUAUUCAAGAUAUGUCUAGUGGCUAAAUGAAAAAAAAAACUAUUUGUGAUAGCUUUUCUGCUCAUUUCUUUUCUCUAUAUCUGUGUAAUACUGCACAAGGGAAAGAAUGGUUUACUUAGACUAUGGUCACAUAUCCCAAAAUGCCACAGCACGGCGACCUAAAUGUAUGUUUUUCUUGCAAAUUUGGCAGCAAAAUUUAACACGCCAUGCGGUGGCCGGGGGAGGCUUUAAGAAAAAAAUGUAAAUUUUACAGUGACUGGAGGAUUUUUUUCUAAAAGUUAACACUGAUUGGUGGCCGCCCUGGUACAUUUCAAGGUCGUGCGGUGACAGUGACAGGUGGGUAUGAUGCCAUCACAAAAUCGGGCAACCGCUGGGCAGGCCACAGGGGGGAAUCGCUGGCCGGCAGCAGCACUGAUUGGACGAUGUGUAAAAUGUCUUUGGACGGUAGUCGUCCAUAUAAAGUGCCAUCAGCCACUAGCCGCCCAGUAGCCAAGGUACCCAGUACCAGUAGCCCGGGCCAUCCUGCACGCCUGACUGUCACCGUCUACCAACAUUCUUAAAAAAAAAAAAAAAUCAGGUGGUGGCAUGAAAACUUUUUGCCGAUGCCUCCCCAUCUCACGGUUGCAAUUGUAUUUCUGACUGUAGAAAAAAGGUGAUACUAUUGGUUUGCAAUGCAGCUUAAGAGCCCACUGGUUUACUUUAAACAUCAUAUUUCACUUCAUUUCUAAAUAGUUAUCGUUUAAGUCUUUUUUUUUCAUCCAACGUGAGUUAAGUUUACAUGACAUCAAACAAAAAGGGGGGAUUAUUUCAUCACCAUAUUCAAGCUGUCUGUCAACAUGAGAUUAGAUCUUCUAAUGUUGGAGCUCUGGAUGAUAUCACAGUGAAACCAGCAUGCCUGCAGAGCAAAGCUGCCAAAUGAGUAAAUAUGCAUUUCCCCCGUGGCUCCUAAACAUCAGCCAUACAUCCUUCACUUUAAUUAAGAUUAAGGUCUUGCUCCCACUUCCCCUCCACACACUUCUCUGCACUAUUUACUCUCAAUCUUUUCCCCUUCGAGCCCUGCUUUAUCUUAGAAUUCUUCAUUUUCCCAUUCAACCCUCGAUCUGCCUCCUUUUUUUCCCCUUCCUUCCUUGUCCUUUUGCUUUCUUGAUUGUCUCUCUGUUAUUGAGCCCAGGCGUGUUCCUCACCCUUCACCAUAUCUCAUUUGUCAAGCUUUAUCCACGAGCGGGAGCCAGACGAGGGUGGACUAUUUCUUAGGAAAAUGAAGGGUAGCAUAAGGCUAUGGUUUGUCGCCCCCCCCCUGUUAACCCGGUAAUGAUCUACGUAAACUCUGUGUCACAGUACGUUGCUAUCACUCUGGGGUCACAUGCGCUCAGGCGCUGGAAGUCCAUCUGCUAGUACAGAUAAAAAGGCAAAUGAGGCUGUCUCGUAAUGUACUGUGACCCCGUCAGACAAAAAUGCAGGCAGGGAUAACAUGGUCACCGAAGCAGCUAGAAAUGUGACAAAAUCAGAGAAGAUGCUGAUUAAUCUGUAUCAGCAGUCAAAAAAGCUGAUAAAAAAACCAGCAGGAGAUGUUGUGCCUAAUAUGUAACAGGAGGAGAGGCCUUUGAUAUUGAAGAGACCCCUGCUCAGUCUAAUUUUUGGCAGAGGGAAAACACACAGACACUUUGAUGUUGCAUCAUUUAUAAACCACAGAAACCUUGUUUGUCCUGCAGUCUGUUUGCAAGCGGCUUUUCUCAUUUAGUCUGUCAGAGGGGAAGGCUUAGGAAUGUAGAAGGUAAAAAAAUUGGGGGAAAAAAAAUAAAUAAAAAAGGCAAAAUGGUGUUUGAAUUGACUGGGGGGAGGGGGGACCUAAAACGGUCGUGAGGGGGCUCCUCAAACAGAGAUAUUACAGAUAUAAGAAGAAAGAAGUGGAAAAAUAGAUAAGAAGAAAUAAGGAGAAAAACUAGCCAUCAGGCAGUCGCCAUGGAAACAGUGACCUUGUGCAGAAAGUAAAAAGAGGUAGACGAGCCUUUCGCUUUGGUCUCUGUGCAACAAGCAUAUUUUAAUUUGCCACUUGUAAUUUCACAAAUGGGUCUGAUAAUCAGGGGGGAAAAUGGAAUCUGAUUUUACAGAUGGGUUUGGUGGGAUUUGACUCACACAUGACAUCAUGGUGACAGACAACGGUGAGUUUGAGCGUUUGAAUCACCGCGUGAUAUGAACAACUGGUAAACGCCAUCGGUUCAGGCACCUCGAAACAACACUUAUGUGUUACAGCCUUCAGUGUAUAUAAUAAGUUCUGUUGAAGGAAGCGGAUUGUGAGCAAGAACGGGAAAGCCAAAUGUGCGUGUUGAAGACCCACCGUAUCUUCUUUUCAUCCAUUUUAAAAAGGGUUCCCCGUGGUCUUAAUUAUGAUUAUACUGUAUUUUAGCCAAAAUGAAAAAAAAAAACUGUGCUAUUUCCAAGAACAAAGGCCAAAUCUGAAUUCUUCCCCUAUCCCUACGGCUUCUCCCUACCCCAACAUUUAGUUCUCCAAACGGAAAGUUACGCCGGGUUUACACCAGACGCGAAAGCGCUGUGAAGUGGAGUGUGCGCGGAAUUCGCUUCCUCUCCAGUUCACACCAGACACGUAUUUUUUCGUUCAAUAGGCGCUUCUGCUCAGCUGUGGGUAUUAAUUUGACAGUCUAUCUUGACUUGUCGCCAACUGCCCUCUGCCUCUCUCUCGUUGAUUGUCUUUGUAGGCACCCCCCGUAGUCGGCCCACUACAUUGAUCUGUGUGUUUCUCAGUGUCUGUGUGUGUCUGUUUCUGUGAUGUGCGUUGUUUGUGUGUUUAUUUUCAUCUCUACAGUCUGUUUAGAUACAAAACUAUGAUCCCAUUUGUCAUGUGUGGUAUUGUAUUGUGAAAAGUUGGUUAUACUUUGACCAUAUUUUUUUGUGUAUCUUGAUGUUACUCCCUGCUAGUAUUGACGUGAAUUACUCGCGGCUCGCACAAAAAAUAGUCCAGAGGCCAAAACGAUUGCUGCACGGUGCGUGAUGGCUGCGGCGCCUUGCAUCAUCCGUGAACUACACCAUAGCUUAACAAGGGCGCCAAAUGGAAGCGGCCUCCAUUCUGCGCUGCCUCACAGCACUUUUGCGUGAACCCGGCGUAAUGGGAAAUUAUUGGCUGUCUGAUUCCUUCCCUGCUUACUAUAUAGUGCAUUUGCCAUUCUGUAGUGCUGUUCGAAUUUAAAAUUCCAGAAUCGAGUGCCCUAGAAAUUUCCCACAAGUCUUUGCAAAAAACUAUUGGUGCUCAUGACAUUAGCAAAUAUAGACCACAAUGCAUUGCAGCCUUGCAAUUUUUGCAAAAAAAACCAAAAACAUGUGUUUAAAUGUAAUUUUUUAAUAAACCAUCCACAUUUUCAUAAUCAGAACACAGGUGAGUCACAAAUGGACGUUGUGAAAUGUUUGUGUUGAUUUUUACUUUGUGAAAUUGGUGACAUCAUAUCCGGCGUUUAGAAAAACUAAAGUAAAGUAGUGAGCAUGGUGUCUGAACUGCUUUUAAAAUCCAGGGCACUGGAUACUCCUGCACUAUAUAGCUUUUUAAUAGUUAGGGAUUAGGGUGGGGAAUUUAGACAUAGCCAGUGUGUUCAAAUUUGGACAUUACUCUGACUCAAUGACAUCAUCAAUAGUCACCGGUCAGCUACAUUAGUUCAGAGCUGCUAGUGCUCGGAAAUAAAUAACAACUUUGGUUUUAUAACUUUAAAAACGUCUUAAUAAAACAAAUCAUUACUUACAUUUAAAUGUAGAUUUCAGAACACAUCCAAGUAAGGCAAAGAGUGCCGCGGAGGGAUACAGAACUCAAAGUCAAUUUAAAUCUAUUUCUGGGCACCCUUAUCUCUUCAAAUGCCCCUUCAAUUGGAGGGUCAGGGGAAGGGAAGGCAAGUUUAUUUGUAUAGCACGUUUCAUGUACAGAGACAAUUCCAAGUGCCAGGGUCAGGGGAAGAAUUUGGAUUCGGCCAUGGUUUCUGCAGAGUGGCAAAAAUUCACCUUUGACUUGUGGACUUAGGUGCAGAGCAACCCUGCCCCCCUUCCCUUCCCUAUUGAAAUGAGUAGGGAGCUUGCGAGUUUUUUUUGUCACAAAUACAAUCUUUUUUAAACAAAUGUUUUCGCAUACUCCUAAUUCACAAUGAUUUGAAUAUAGAAAUAUUCAGACAUGCUAUUUUAAACUUAAUUUUCUUGACAAAUUUCAUCCAGUAUCUGAGAAAUGCCACAAAAACGUGUUAAAAACACAUGAUUUUCAUUGGAAUGCAGUGGCGGUGCUAGAAAGUUUUAUAUGGCGGGGCGGGAGGGGCCAAAUGAGAACAGCAGAAGAGAAGGCCAUUACAAAUAGAAGAAUCAAAAAUAUGUAUUUUAGACAGUUUAAACACUUAUUAGUUAUUAUUGAUACUUUUUCAAACAUUUCAAUAAGCUCUUACAAGAAGACAGACGGCAUGGAUUUUGGCUUAGGCCACCGUUCUGAUGACCCAAACAAAACAAUAUAGCUUCUGUUAUUUUUGUAGCGCUUAAAGAAGCCUGUAUUGAUGGUCUCUUCAUUUUUGUCAAGUAUAAUACCAAUAUUGUCUAGCGGGGGCAAAUAUUUUUGCUCGGGUAGUAGUUCCCCCCUGUCCACUGGUAGCUCCGCCCAUUUUGGAGUGGGUCUUUAAAAGGGAAAUGUGCAACUGAUAAGGAACUCACCGAUCACCAGCCCUUCCAACAGCAUUAUGAAUGCCAACAGCAGUAUGUCAAUACCAAUACUAGUCAGUAAACCAUUCUUUCCCUUCUCACUCUUUUUUUUUCAAUGCUCAAUUCCUUUUUCAAUGCUUUAGGUGGCUUAAUGAUUCAAUGUUGAUGCUGGCUACAGUGGAAAAAAAAAGAUUUUUUUAUACUUACAUUUGGGGGUUGUGAUUUAUUCAAAAUGAAUAGAGUCAUUGUGCGUUGGUAUUUGCUUUAGCAGGUUGGUUUACACGGGUCGGAUUUUUGGAGCCUAAGGAUGGAAAUGAAUGGAGACUAACGUGCCGAACGUUGGACUUGAAAUACCAGCAGACUGAGCUUGAUUUCUGUGCAAACCCCUUAGCCAAGGUGAUCAAAUUCUUGCGUGUUAUUCUGCCAACUGUCCAUGUGCGGGGAGGGUUACUGUUUGUGGGAACAUUCUCUCAUUUUUUUGGAGAGAAUAAUCAUCACAUGAUUACAUUUUUAUAAAACAAGAAAAAAUGAAAUAAAAAAUGUGAUUUAAAGAAAAAAAAAGAUCAUAAUUUUACAUGUGCUUCAAUUGUUAAAAAAUACAAAAAGAAACCCAAAAACAACAAGAAAAAAAGACUGUGCUUGUAUGGAGUCAAAUUUUCCUGAGGAUGAUGUUCAUUAUUGAUAAAUGAGAUUGUAGUUCAUACUGUACAUGAAUACAAAUAAAAUUGCAAUUCUCUUUUUUCCAGUA